AUGAAGCUUGAUACGAGCAAUAUGCGUUAUAUGACGCCUGACGACUUUCGUGUGCUUCAGGCCAUAGAACAAGGCACCAGAAACCAUGAAGUUGUUCCCACGACGUUGAUUCACCAACUUUCAGGAAUGAGAUCUUCUUCAGGAACAAACAGAUCGAUUGGAGACCUUGCUAAAUUGAAGCUUGUCUCGAGGAUGAGAAAUAUAAAAUAUGACGGGUUCAGACUUACUUAUAAUGGAUUUGACUACCUGGGCCUCAAAUCCAUGUUGAACAGAGAUACCAUUUACUCGGUAGGAAAUAUAAUAGGUGUGGGUAAAGAAUCAGAUGUGUAUCGAGUAAGUGCCAAAGACGGCACUGCCAGAGUUCUGAAGAUUCACCGUCUGGGUCGCACUUCGUUCACAACUGUGAAAAACAACCGUGACUAUCUUAAACACAACAAAUCCGGAAGCUGGAUGUAUCUGUCACUUCUAGCUGCCAACAAGGAGCACCAGUUCAUGUCGCUUCUCUACUCCAAGGGAUUUUCGGUUCCUGAACCAUUUGACAACUCUCGUCACAUGGUCCUAAUGGAACUCAUCGAUGGCUACCCCAUGAGGCGGAUGCGCACACACAAGAACUUGUCUAAGCUUUACAGUGGCCUCAUGUUGUUCAUCGUCAAUCUGGCCAACCACGGUCUUAUCCACUGUGAUUUUAACGAGUUUAACAUCAUGAUCAAAAACUCCGUCGAGGACGCUCAGGAUUGUGGGUUUAUCGUCAUUGAUUUCCCACAAUGUAUAUCUAUUCAGCAUCAAGAUGCGGAGUAUUUCUUCAAAAGAGACGUUGACUGCAUACGCAGAUUCUUCAAAAAGAAGCUGAAGUACGAGCCCGUGGUCGACGACUCGAUGAUCGACGUUGACGGUUUUGGAGAAGGUUACAAGUACGCAUACCCUGACUUCCAGCGAGAUGUGAAACGAUGCGACAAUCUGGACGAACUAGUCUUGGCCUCGGGUUUCAGUAAAAAACACCCUGGUGACAGGAGAUGGGAAGAAGCUGCCGAGCAAAUGAGAAAAGAGCUCGAGGAGGACACUGAUGAUCAGGAUCUGGAUGCCGAGAACGCUGGUUACAGUGACGAAAGCUCUGACUAUUCUGACUACGAUUCUUCAGAAGAUGAGGAUGGCGCAGAAGAAGAAGAUUUAGAGAGUGAAAACGAACGCAUAGUCGAAGCUCUGUCAAGUGGUGUAACUAACUUGAAGAUGGACAGCCUGGGUAAUUACGUGCUCGAAGAAUAA